AUGGUCAGGACACGCUGGCAGCAGGCUUUGUGCUCCUGCAUCUAUGACUGGACGCGUGUGACCAACGAUGGCCUGGUGGUGGGCCGCGGACAGGCGGAGGCGGAGACCUUGGAGACGGUGCCCACCGCGAGCGUGUUGACCAGGUGGGAUCCUUUGCGUGGCCUUGAGCGCGAGGAGUUCGUGUCCCAUUGCAUCAACUACAGCCUCCAGGAAAGAGUUCGGAGAAGCCUCAAGUGGCUUAGCGACGAGGACUUGGGGUACGUGGGCGGGCACCACUUCGGCGACCAGGCGCAGCAGCUGGAAUGCCUGCAGGCGCGCGCCUCGGCGCAAGCUGCCGACGCUCCCCUGGAGGCUGCUGAGGCUUUUGUGCCGGUUAGGGGGUUGCUGGUGAGCGACAAAUGCAAGGCAGAGUAUCUGAGGCUCGAUCCACAGCAAUUAUUCCGUCCGGCGACGCUGGCGUACAAGGAGAACGCUUUCAUCAAUGACUGGUGGUUCCUCGCAGAUCUGUGCCUCUUGCUGAGCAUCGCCGGGCUGGUGGCUGUGUUGCCAUUGAUUUCCUCGGCGCCCAUCAGCGACAUCUCAGCAAAGCCCGGGAGCAACUGGGUGGUGGUCACCACGGCCCGGCCCCACGGCGUCGGCUUUCGGCCGGGCGUCCAACGCGUCCUACAGCGGCUGUUCGGAUCCCCAAAGAUCCGGCUGUGGGGCACUGGCUGUCCGCUUGAAGGCAAGAAUGCGUGGCAGGUGGAUGACGUCCUCAAUGCUUCGCAGCUGCGCAUCUUUGCCAACGGAAUGGGCAUUGGAGAAUCAUCGAAAGGUUUUUGCCGCCUGGUCUUCCCAGCGUCACUGAUUUGGACCUCAAUACUUGGCGUGCCAGUUCUGGUCGCUAUCGUCUUUCAGCUGUUGCUGAUCACACUGCUGGGUUCUCUGGGUGCAUUUCGCCUGGUUCUGGUUGCACCCGCUGUGCUUUUGGGCUUGUCCGGUUAUUGGUGCCAAUGGCUGCAAACGCGGAAUGCCUUGGACGAACAGAUUCGGUUCUAUCGUCGCCUGAUGGGGCCCUCCCCUUGCGAAAGAGGGGCUAUGCGAGCCAUUUCUGGUGGACAACUCCGUGAAUUUCACAGGGUGUUCCAGACCUUCAUUGGUCGGCGGAAUAUGUACUAUGUCGUGAACAACAUCGUGACGCCCGUGACGCGCCCGUGGAACUUGUCUUUAGCUGAACUAAUGGGAUCUGGCACUCUGGACUACUACGUGAGCUUCCUUUGGAUCAAUGCCUUUGAGGAUUUGGUGGCAUCUAUCCGUCGGCACUACCAAACGUCUGACUUGUCCAACAGGUACUGGAUAGAUGUUUUUGCCUUGAACCAGCAAAAUAUUCAGGCUGAAAUUGGCGACGGGCAUUUGCGGGACUCAUCAUUUUUUCAUGCAAUGAGAAGCUCUUCUUGCAAGGGCGGAUUUGUUGUCUUUGCAGAUGUCGACAGCUUGGGCGCUGUGUUCACGCGCUCUUGGUGCAUCUUCGAGGUCUACACAAUGAUACAGGAUAACCAGAGGAGCGGACCAUAUGAAGGUUUGCUUUUCCGUACCCCCUGCGGAAGUUUGUCGGAAUGCAGUUUCGACUUCGUGAUGGAUUGCGUGCGCAGGCUUCGCAGCAUUGACCUACGAGAGGCGACCGCCGCGUCGCAGCAAGAUGUGGCUAUGAUCGAGGACUACAUCAGUGAGCUCGGGGGCUGGGAUUUCAUUUGGAAUCUCAUCAUGGAAAGUGUCACAGAGGCGGCCAUGUCACUGGAAGCGCAGGCCAUCGAUGCCGCCGUGGUCUUGAAGGUCGACACCCUGCUGAGGGAUUUUGCCGCCACGCUGAGCCCACCAUGCGCCAGUUCCCCAGGCCCACAACGAGCUCUCGGUGCUGGGCAGCUAUCGGUGCUCCGAGAGUUUUUUGGGUCGGUCCUGGAUGGCAGAGACAUGUAUUGGAUCUGCGAUCGCAUCGUGAAGCCCCUGACUCGGGAAAAGCGCUUGUCCUAUGCCGAGCUGGUGGGAUGUGGGGAGUUGAAUUGGUUUAUCUCACAUUGGUGGGGAAUGCACUUCAAUAAGACUGUGGACAGUGUAGUAAAGCAUGCGACCAGCAGUGCCAGCAGCUGGGAGAGCGUGCGAUAUUGGAUUUGCACCUUCAGCAACAACCAGUGGGCCAUGGACGAAGAAAUCCCACCAGGGGCUCCGCCGAGCGAGUCCUCGUUCUACAAAGCGCUGCGUUCCAGAUCCUGCCAGGGCACGUGUAUGAUUUUGGACGGAAGUGUGGUACCUUUGACUCGUGCCUGGUGUUUGUUUGAGCUGCUGCAGACCUUCACCAUCCAAGACGAAACCGCUCCGCGCGAAGGUUUGGCGAUCUUGACCUCUUCGGGCGUGCUAAACAGCGGGAGAUGCAGCAUUGAUACCGCCAUGGCCAUCGGGCAAGAGCUCACCACUCUGAGGCUGGAGAACGCCCAGGCCUCCAAGGAGGAAGACAAGCAGCUCAUCUUCGGCGCGGUGCAAGCUGCGGGGGGCUUCGAUGCCAUCAACUCGAAGCUCAGGCAGAAGAUUCGAGAAGUCCUUGGCACAGUGGCGAGCCAGUGGAAUCGGGACAUCAACCGACUGCAGAUCCAACUUGGAUCUGACCGGUUUGCGUUUUCGCACUGCGGCUUUGGCCCGUGA